AAUGGUUCAUGACACGAGUCGCAUGGCAUCGGAUGUCCAAAUGAUGUCAAUUUUCACGUGUCGAACGACUCUCCUCCCCUGCUUCAUCGACUGAAACUGUGGCGCUAGGUCACGGACGGGCGUUGCUCUUGAUAUGGGCGACCGUUCAUCUGCCUAUAGCUCGAGCCAACCAAUGUCCGAACCCUCCGGAAUACUUCAGGUCUGCUUCUGCUGGGCAAGAUGAACAGUGUUCUGGAAAAGAAUUCCUCUUCGGUGAGGAAGCGCAUUGAGAAUCAUACCUUUGAGGACGAGGAGGGCGAGGAGUAUGAGGGCAGCGAGUUCAAUGGCUUUGGCGACUAUUUCCGUCGAAAGAAGAUCAAGCUCCAAAACCUGGAUGCCGACAUACGCGCAACAUCCGAUAAGCCACCGAUAUUCAAGGGGGUAGUUGCUCAUGUUAAUGGUUACACCCAGCCGCCUCUACACGUCAUUCAUCAUGAGAUUGUUCAGCAUGGCGGUGGAUUCCUCCAGUAUCUAGACUCGAAAACCAUGGCCACGCACAUCAUCACAGCGACCCUGCCCCCAAAGAAGGCCAUCGAAUUUAGCCGGUACAGGAUUGUGAAGCCUGCAUGGGUUGUCGAUUCAGUAAAGGCUGGUAAACUCCUGCCAUGGGCCGACUACAGAGUAUCGAGCGAGAGCCCUAGCCAGAAAAUCUUGAAGUUUGAUAGCGACAGAGGUCUUACUCAGUCCAGCCCAGCGGCUAGGCGUGGAUACAGGGAGCAGACGGACAAUAGCUUCUACACGAGCCAGAUCAGAGCUGAAUCGCAUAGCCAACUAGCCAUUCAGCUUCCAGAACAGUCGGCUUUGUCUAGCCGAUGGCAAAACGACAUCUCUGACAUGCUGCCGCAAGGCAUGGAGAACCUCGCCGCAACAGCGCAUGAAGGACAGUUGCCACUCGAGGCAGCCGCUUGGGAUAUCCAGGGUGAAGGGGUCGAAUCCGAACAGCAUGCAGCGGCUGAGCCGAUUGGCCAGUUGGACGCGUCGAAGUCGCCGUCUAAGAAGAUGACGUCGGAAGAGCACAACGCUUGGCUCUUGUCGGAUCCGAGAAUAAGAAAGUCUUCUACCGCUAAUCCCGACUUUCUAAAGCAAUUCUAUUCGGAGAGCAGGCUGCAUCAUCUCUCAACAUGGAAGGCAAACCUGAAAUCAUCGAUGCAACGACUGGCAGCCGAAAAGGGACUCUCAAACAGAAAGACCAAGAACCGGCCUGGUUUGAGAAAGUACAUCAUGCAUGUAGACUUUGACAGUUUCUUCUGUACAGUGUCCUUGAAGGGCCACCCUGAAUAUGUUGACAAGCCCUGUGUUGUCGCCCACAGCACAGGUGCUGGAUCGGAAAUUGCGAGCUGCAACUACGUUGCUCGGAAAUUUGGAGUCAAGAAUGGCAUGUGGAUGAAGAGAGCUCUCGAACUCUGUCCGGAUCUCAAAGUCCUGCCUUACGAUUUCCCGGCGUACGAAGAAGUCAGUCGUCAGUUUUACGAGGCCAUUAUGGAAACAGGUGGCAUUGUCCAGAGUGUAAGCGUCGACGAGGCCUUGGUUGAUGUCACUGAUGUCGUACUUGCGGCAGCCCAAUCCCGCGGCGUUGGCGUUAGUGAGGGCAGUCUCUGGAGAGAGCAGGCAAAGGUCGACGAGAUGGCGCUGGCUUUGCGCAACAAGAUUAAAGAGCAAACCAACUGUUCCGUCUCAGUGGGUAUCGGUGGAAACAUCCUGCAGGCCAAGAUUGCUCUGAGGAAAGCAAAGCCUGACGGACAGUUCCAACUGCGACCCGAGCAAAUCCUGGAAAUCAUCGGCGAUCUCAAGGUUGAAGAGUUGCCGGGGGUGGCAUACAGCAUUGGUGGGAAGCUGGAAGAUCUGGGCGUCAAACUCGUCAAGGAUCUCAGAGACAUUUCCAAAGAACGCCUAGUUGCGGUCUUGGGCCCCAAGACCAGUGAGAAACUGCAUGACUACGCCCGCGGCAUCGAUCGAACAGAGGUUGGGGAACAACCCCCCAGGAAGUCCGUGUCGGCAGAGGUCAAUUGGGGGAUCCGCUUCAUCAACCAAGCAGAAGCCGAAGAGUUCGUCUACGACCUCUGUAAGGAACUAGAGAAACGUUUGGUGAAUGAGCAGGUCAAGGGGAAGCACCUCACAGUGAAACUCAUGAGGCGCGCUCUUGAUGCCCCUCUUGACCCGACGAAGCAUCUGGGACAUGGAAAAUGCGACUCUUUCAACAAAAGCUCGGCUUUUGGUGUUGCGACGCAUGAUUAUCAGGCCAUUGGCAAGGAAGCAGUUUCAAUAUUGCGUUCAUUCAAGUUCAGCCCCGGAGAUCUACGUGGAAUCGGCGUCCAGAUGACAAAGUUGGAACCGAUCAAGUCGAAUGCCCUCGCCCUGGAUGGCAGCCAGAGAAGGAUAGCAUUUGCUCCAUUCCCAGACGACGCGAAGAACCGACAAAUGGAUGAUCCAGAACGCGGGCAUCGGGCAGAUGAGCCUGUCACACCUCAGAAACUCAAGCCAGCACAUGGCUCUAACGCUCCUGAUUCAGGUGGCUCAAGAAGUGCGCAUACCCAACGCAAGGUCUCGGGCACCCAGUUCUUGUUACCGAGCAGCCCUGAUCCUGCGGUCUUGGCUGAGCUGCCCCAAGACAUUCGUGCCAAGCUUAUGGCCCAGCGUCCCAAAGGAGCUGCCUCCGAGCUUCAGAGGAAGGCUCUCAGGUCAAGAUCUCAGAGCCCCAUAGGAGCAGACUUGCUGUCCUCACAGGUCGACUUGGAGGUGUUUAAUGCGUUGCCAGACGAUAUGAAAGCCGAGGUGCUGGCGCUAUACGGACGGAAGCCGAUGGAGCCUCUACCACAACCCUCACCUAGAAAAACCGAAACAACUCGUUCCAGGAGGCCAGCAACUCCAACAAAACCCAGCACGUCCCGUGGAAUAUUCGGCAAGAUGUCUCGCCAGCGAGACGCUCAAGCGGGAGUUAUUCAGACCAACUUCCGAAUGCCCGCACCCGCAGAGGCUCGGCCAGAAGGGGUCGAAGAACUGGAUCCCGAAUUCCUCGCUGAGCUUCCGGAAGACGUCCGAAAAGAAGUCAUUGCCGACCACAGACGCCGAGUUCUAGCACUGCAGUCGGGAUUAGAGAUGCCCGUUACGAGAAGCCAUCACGAGACGAGUGUGCUCCCCGGCGGACAGAAAACGAUAGAGUUUCCCAUAUUGCCGCCAGUCAUUGCGUUUUCCGGCUCUGUCACCUCUGCAGCGGAGAUCAAGGACAUGGUUGAUGCGUGGCAUGCCCAGACUAGAAAGGCCGGGCCACACAAGCGAGAUGUCGAUGUUUUGGAAAGAUACUUGGUGAAAGUCAUUAAAGAGGAACGCGAUUUGAGCAAGGCAGUCAUGCUGAUCAAGUGGUUGGAUGUCGUGGUUGAUCAGGACGGUGUCGAUAGCAGAGGCCGCCGAGCUUGGAAACUGGCUGUGAAUGGCAUCAAGGCGGCGAUGCAGGCUGCUGUUGAAGAAAGGGGCCUGGCGCCCCUGCAGAUAUGA